AUGACCGCAAGUUCUACACGUCAAGAAUCAAACUACCGACCGGCGUUUGGUCGGCUUAGAGAUGAGAGAGGUGGCGGGUGGUGUGCACAAACUAACGAUAGCGAGAACGAUUGGCUUGAGGUCUCCCUAGGGGAUUUUUACAAUAUUUGUCGUGUAGAUACACAAGGAGAUGCAUAUGGCUUUGCUUGGACCACUGCCUUUAAAUUAAACUAUUCUAUAGACGGAAUAAGGUGGAAUGUUUAUAAGAAAGACAAUGGAACACAAAUGGUACGGCUAUUUUCCAUGAUUUUAUGUAUGUAUUUAUUCAUUUAUUUGCUUUAUUUUAGUACAUACCUCAAGGGAGUUUCGAGCGUGAACUAGGGUACCUGGUCACAUCAAAUGGAACAUAUUUUUGUCUAAAUCACAGACAGGCGAAAAAUAACAUAAUGGAAACUAAUGUAUAAUGUAAACUUCUCCUGGAGGCAUUGUAAAUAAAUACAACAACGUUCACCGCAAGGUAAAAACGACGUGGCUGAUUUAACCUUUAACCACACCUUUAAUCACCUUCGUUAUUAAGGAUUAUAUUUGUUGUCAGCACGGGAAAACGUACCAUUUUCCAACACAACAUAACUAAGGUACUUUAAGCAAUGACUUCCAAAGGGUCUAAUUUGGUGAUCGGAAAUGAUAUUUCCGCCACGCGUUAAUCUGACUCAGGUUUAAAAUACUGCGACGGUGACAGCGGUCAAAACGUCGCUUUUUAAAUUAAAUAUAACAGUAAAUUCGCAAACCGCAUUCUUUCAAACGUUUUCACAAUUUUUACAAGUCGCUUACUUGGUCCAAUGUAGACGAACCAAUGGAGAAAAAACGUUCGCCUCCGUUCGUUUACGUCAUCAAUAAAACGUGAAAAUAGGCAUCUCCGCGUCCUGGUCGUGCAGUGAUGGGAAAGAAAUGUUGAUUACCCUCGUCAACCCUAACCCUAACCCUAACGCUAGCCUUAAUCCUAGCCGGGCUUUGACCCCAACCCCGCGUUUUACUGACACCCUAUUUUGUCCUUCUGGGUUAUCCUUGGAAAUUCCUGAAUGCUUACUUUUUGCUCAUGAACCCCAAAUUCAGUGGUAAGCAAGACACCCAAGUGAAAAAUACAUUCAAAUAAACAAAAUGCAGUUGACGAGAAAGAGGAUAAGGGGUAGCAUCUCUCAAAGUGGUGUGAAUAGGAUUGAUAAAACACAACCAAGUCCUGAAUUUGCCCAUGCGUCGCAACUAAAAAAAACAAACAAAACAAAACAAAAAACAACUCCCUAGCACUUCAAUACCACCAGGUAGAUGUUUUGACUGACUAGACUGUUCAUUCCAUGAGCCGGUCAUCUUAAAGACCUCUUGUCACUUCUAGUGAUGCAUUGCAGACAUUUCAGAAUUUCGUGGCACACAGUAGAUUUAAUCGUGUUAUCUGAGUCGCCUUUUUCUUGCAAAAUCAUUUCUUUCAAGUCUUCAAUUCAUAUUUAAGCCAUCGUAUCUUGUUCCCUUGUCUGUUCGUUACAUUUGCCGUUGUUAUGAGUAUACAUGUUCCCGUUUUUCGAAGCUCAAACCCGGGAAGUCACUACUCGGUUAAAUUGCAUUCAAGAUCAAGAUUUUAGUACUUUUAGAGAAGAUGGGGUAGGGUAUGGCUGAUAAGUUGAAAUGAAAUAUGUUCAUUAAAUCGCCUUCAAGAUGUGCUCUGUUAAGCAAGUUUUAUUUAUUUAAUUAUUUUUUUUGCAUCAUUUUGUUGUCGCUUGCUGACUGUGAGUUGAGAUAUAACCUCAACCUUUAUUUUCUUUGCAUACUUAUUGCAAGAUACUACUGACCCGCAAAGUAGCUGCAACACUAAUCGAGGCGGGUUGGGCACAGAUAAAAUAUUAAUUCAUAUUAUUUACAUGUUCAUAUUAUUUAGAUAUCUCAUUAACACGUGACCGAUUAACCAGAACUGGAAUUUCUGUACACUAAAGGAAAGACAUAGUGCAAUUAAAGAACACAGAGAAUCGAGAUUUAAACAUGGCGUCCAUUUCUUCCUGUGAAUUAUCAUGAGAUGUAAUAAAACUUUUCUUUUUAAUAAUUAUCGUUAUACGGUGACCGAAUCACCUUAUUCGUUACGUGCACCCUCUAUUUUACACAUAGAUUAGCAGUUAUAACGGUUUUUUUUCUUUUUUUUUCUUUUUUUCGAUUGCUACAGGAAUUCUAUCGUCAAGGCAAUGCCACGACGAUUGACAUGCAUCAUCUUCCCAAACCAAUUGUCGCGCGGUACAUUCGCUUCCUCCCAACGAAUCGUCACAAGCACAAUUGCCUUAGAGUGGAAGUGUAUGGAACAAAAGGUGACUUAUGAUUAAUUAUAGAAGGCAAUCAAUGAUUCUUGGCCAAGGCCAAACAAUAGCAAAAUUCUAACCACUAAAUAUUUAACAAUAAGAAUAUUACAUUGAUUUUACUCUUACCUUGUGUUAUUCCAAAAUAAGUUACAGGUAUCUCGUUCCCAGGUACUGCAAUCCUUUUGGUCAGCACUAAUGAGGACAAAAUUCUGGAAGAAUCCGAAAAAAAAGAAAACCAUAUCUGACUGGUCGAUAAAAACGUGUCCAUCAUACGAAAGUUACUUUGCCAAUCAAAAAACCUGUGGGGACAUUGAUUUGAUUUUGACAGUUCAUUUGUCCAAGAGUUGAAAUGAUGAGGAAAAAAGUUUAUUUUGAUAUAAAAUUACGAAACCACACUACAAUGGCAUUUUGUUCAAGAAUAUCCAUUUUCAUUUUUUUUUUUUUGGAAAGUCAUUCAAUUUCUUUUUUAAAGAUAGCUACUGAAUCUUUCAAAUUUGCGAACAGCUGUGCUCUACGACUACAAAAACAACAAUUUAUUGCACCCAAUGCAAGCAAUGUACGUCGUCAUGACUAACGAAUGUUUCAGUCGCGGAGUUCUGAAGAAAUAGAGGAUAUUACAUGGCUGCACGGAGAUAAGCGAACGAAUGAAAUAUUUUUUUUAAAAACGAAAAGAGAAAUUUCGUAUCUCCAAGCGGCCAUGUAAUGUUCUAUUUAUUAUAUAAACACCAAUGAAAUACCAAACCAUUUCACUUUAGUAGUUUUUUGGUGUGAAAGGCGCGAUUUAUCAUUUAGCCUUAGCAACAGUGAUAUUUUCACAUGGGAAGAUAUCAUGUUUUCGCGCGAAAGCUCACCUGUUGUUUCAUCGGUGUUUAUAUAAUAAAUAUAUUUAGUAUAUACUAAAACAGUGGAUAGUGUUUUUCGGGCGCUCUGAUUGCCUACUCAUUUAGUGAAUAUCCUGCAUUAUUCAUUGAUUCACCUCCAGUUCCUCCGAGUGCGGAGGCUUCUUCCAGAUCGUUCGCUGACCGUUCCGCUGUAUAAGAGAAACUCAGGCUCUAGGGACGAGAUUGCUUUAAGGGAUUUUAGAAUUCAUGUUUUUGUAGUUGUUGUUGUUGUUGGUUUGUUUCCUUUAAUUUAUUUAUUCAUUUCCAUUCAUUGUAGUUACUGUUCACAGUUCGCGCUCAAUCUCGUAAACAGAUUUAUUACAGUUUGGGCUAAUCACCUCGCGCCCGGUGAUUACGUGGAAAUAUGACGUAGUCGACUAGACCAACCAGAGCGAGCAAAUCUUUAUAAAAACCUGAAUAUAGUUUACAUCAUACAAAGAAGGGCGUAUGAGGGUAUAUUCAUGAGUUUGUUUAUGCCAAGACCCGAACGAGCAAGGAACGAACGAGUGAGGACUUUUGACACAAACAAGGAGUGAAUAUAACCCCCUACAAGCACUUUCUAUGACGUGAGCUGUUUAUUACACAUAUCAUGGGAAUUUUCACUGAAAUCUUUUUUCCAUUGCAUUUGGAUUGUUAUGAUUGUGCAAGGUUCAGCAUGUCUUACUUAACCUUAAGGUUACACGCAAGGUAAUUUUAAAUCUCUGGUGUUUAUGGAAUUUGUAUUUCCAUAGGGUUUGCUCGUGCGUAAUAUAUAUGUUUUUUCUCUUUAGCUUAUCAUUUUAACGUAUGGCUAACAAUUCCUGAUAAAAAUUUUACCGUGGAUUUAUUAAACUCCACUUCUGAUGAAUACUGGCAAACGGAAACUGAGGUGAUGAAUAAGGUACGUCAUCAUCAGUUAGUGUUCAAGAUACACUUGCUUCGAGUAAGCUGCCGUAAUAAGAUUUUUUUUUUUCUUUUUUUUUUUCACAUAAUCAGUUUAGAAUAUCACAUCAGAAGUGCGUUCGUACGGAUUUAAUUAAUAGUUUUACGCACUGUUUUUCGAUGUAUCAGAAACUGAACGAGUGAGCGGGGGAACGAAAGAUAUCAGCCUGAUGGAAAAGCAAAAAGUGCGUCAAUAAGACCUUACAAACUCGCACACCUUAGUGGCUUUCGAUUAAGUAAACUUUUUUUUUGUCCAACCUUUCUCAUGCAUUCUGAUUUGACAGUUCGGUCCGGUGAUUGGCUAGGACCAAGUAGUGACUCGGUAAUAGGGUUUUUAAGACCUUAUCUUCCGAUUAAUUAUAAGCUUUCAUUAGAAAAAAAAUUGGCACAAGUUAGGAACUCCAUGAUAUCAAUAAUCUUCAAAAACUCAUUGAUAAAGGUAGCUUGGCAUAUUCUGCCAUUGAGUUCUCGAAUUUAAUUACUUGCAGGGACUUGUAUACCGGACAAAAACUGAGCAUGAUGCUAAAAAAUCAUGGGAGGGCUUUAAAUUCAGCCUCUGGGGAAAUACGAUGACUGAAACAAUACUAUGCUGAUAACGAAGAACCUUAAUAACCAUCACAUCUUCUAUAUAACGGUCACCCCAAUUUGCAAAUAGAUAAAUAAACGGUCACAAAUCCAACCAAAACUCUGCCGAAAACAGAAAAAAAAAUGUUUAUUCCAAUGCAAACAAGAACUUACCUAAAUUAAAAAAAAAUAGAUAGCGAAAAGUGAGGUCUCAUUGUGAUGGUGGCUUUUACGGUUAUCGGCUAAAAUUUUGGCUCUUUUACGACUAUCGUUUAAUUUUUUUCAGUUACGGUUAGCAAGAAAGUUAAAGAUUAAUUUAUUUUGUUUCAAAGAGUUAAAUAUUAAUAAACCUGCAUUUUUUGUACUUUCAAAGCAAAAUAAAGGUCUUACGAUCACCUCGGGAUAAAAUGAAGCUAUUCUUUUGAAAAAAAUUGACAUAUGAUAGAUCAUACUUUUUAUAAAGUGUUCAAUUUCUAAUAUUAUUUUACGCAUAGAAAUGUCACUAGUCAAUUUAAAAAUAAUCUUUGUAAAAAAGCAAAAGCAGACACGCGAACACCCAAGGUCGGGGCGCGACAUUCAUUUAUAAGUUAUAACAGAAGUGGCCGUUUUCACAGUAAAGACGGAUUAUUCGUGUGAGACGGGUUAUCCGUUUGACAAUUCGCGUCAGAUAGGUAAUAUCCUCGGACGUACAAGUGGGGGAGUGGCAUCCGCGCCGCCCCCCCCCCCCUGCAAUGAGGUGUUUCUGAGUUUUUUCCUAGAGGAUAAAACAUCAGCACCUGACGUUUUCAGUAUCUGUUCGUUCAUCCCUCGCGAAGAUUUAGCGACAAGUUUAGUGAUGGUCAGCUUCCAUGGUUACGAAAUAUGACGUCAUAAGUAGCAGGUGGUCAAGACAAUUUUGGGUGAAAAUGCAUGUUUUUUCAACUUCUUUCAACAAUAAAAGUAAAUCUUGUGGCUAAAAUCAUGCAAAGGGCUUAUUUAUGUGUUACUUUUCAUUUAAAGCAUAAAAAAUUACCAUUUUUUACGGUUUUAACCUGAUUUCUAAUUCUUAGUAAAAUCCAAGAUCUCGGCCAAGAUGGCGACCAUUGUUGACGUCACAGCCCUCUAGCAGCGCCACCACCCAUAAAAUAUACCUCACCUUGUUACGACGGUCAAAGGCUUUCCACUGAAAGCAAAAUCGUUUCAAAAUACUGCAACAUAUUAAAAACUUUGGGGAGGGGUUCCAUCCAACCCCCCCCCUCCUUGUACCACGGUGGUGGUAGUGGUGGUAUGAAUUUGCGUGUACGUCUGAGGGUUAAUAAGAAACUGGAAUGUUUUAAUUUUGAAUGAACAAUCCGCCUGACUCUAUCCGUCAAUUUUGACAGACAGUUUGAAGAUGGAUUAUCCGUUUCAGAGAUCCUGUGAACAGCCGCCCCCAGAAAAAAAAAAAAAUCGGAGAAAGCGUGUCUGUGGUAGAGGGCGCAACUGUACAUUUAUUUCUAGCUCUUGUGUGAAAACGGCCAAUAACAAAAAUUUCCGUGUCCAGUGUUUUUAAUAAAAGCGAAGGACUGAAUUUUAAUCUUCAACAAGAAGAUUUUCGCUAUGGAAAAAAAGUAGUUCCCCGAGAGAGCGGCAGAAAUGGAGCCUAUGUCUAGUGCACGACUAAAAGGUGCUUGGCCUAACGUGCGUACGGAGUCAAACGUAGCCGGGAAAUAAAUAAGGCAACCAUAAGUGAGUUUAGCACCUUCCUUAAAAUUAACAACUUUAGGGAACCAUUUCUUUACGGUUAACUCUUUUUUACCCUAUUUACGGCUAACGGUUAAAAUCUUUCCAUUUUUACGGUUAUCGACUAAAUUUUUGGGCGUUUUACGCCUAUCAGUUAACCCCAUUGAGACCCUCAAAAGUGGUACAUGCACAGCCGUGAAAGGAAAGUCCAAACAGGCUUAGCAAGUACUGUUGCGGUCUCUUAAAGCGAAAAGAAAGAGAAGGAUUGACGGCGCAGACGCAGACUGAUUGAUUGAUUGAUUGAUUGAUUGAUUGAUCAAUUUUCACUUAUUUUAUUAUUAUUUUAUUUCUUCCGCAGUUUAAGUAUCUUCUUAAUGGUUCUGAUUCGGAUGGAUUCCUUCUGGCUGAACUUCUACGAUUUGGGUAUGAAACACUGCCAUUCCCUACGUUAUAGACACUGAAAGCACUCAAACAGACGUCCCCUGUUUGAACAGGCAACAAUAAAUAAGAAUUAAGACACAAUGUCUUAUUAAACGGAAUCAUAAAAGGCUUUCCCCCGCCUUACCAACCCCACGCGGAAAGGCAACGGAAUUUUCGAGGGGAGGGGGGGGUGGGGGGUUCUAAAAGAGGCAAGGGGUGGGUUAGCUUCUCGACGUUUGGUGUGUUUGUGUUUUGUUCUUUGCUUUUGAUUGUAUUUCUGUUUGUUUGUUUUUUUUUGUUUGUAUGUUUGUUUGUUUGUUUUUUUCGGGAGCUCCGGGUAAGAUAAGCAAGUUAUUAAAAACACCUAAUCUGUUGAGCAAGCGCAGAGUAUUUUUUCUGUUAACCGCUGUUUCAAAACAAGAAUUGCUGCAUUUGCGUUUUCAUUGCUAAUCUUUACGGUAAGAUGAAUGCUUUUUUGCGGCUUAGAAGAUAGUUUCGUCAUUGGCUGUUGCUGUAUCAGAGAGUGUUUUCAUGUGACGUCACGGCGGCCAUAUUGGUGUCCCAAAACAAUGGAACGGCGGCUAUUUUGGGGGUUCCAAACCAAUCCUAUGGGAGUUGAACUCUUUUCUUAUGCAAACGUUACGAUUUCUUUUGUUCCAAUAAAUUUGCAUAGAUGCUGGCCACGUGAGUGAAGACCCUCUAUACUGUUGUGGUAUUCACCGUAAUGCGUCGCGUAGGCUUGAUUUCGAGCCGCUGCUCUGGUAAACGAGCCCGCACAAAUACUCAACUUGGGAGAUCGAGCCUAACUAAUAAUAAUGUGGUCGAGUUCUAAAUCUUCUUCCCUCGUGUCUUUAAUUAUUAUUGUUUUUAUUAUCAUUUUGCCAAAAAACACAGAAUAUACAUACUAAAUGAAAAAGAAAGUGAAAAUCGUCUUCUAUUACAAUACAUCCACAAAAAGGACAAUGCCUAUUAUCCUUCGUAGUUUGAUUGUAUCUGCCUAUUUCUAUCAUUAGUUUGUGAUUGCUUAUUCGUAGUUUUACUAAAGCCAUUCUCCCAGCUGUUCCUCUUGUUAAGUCUAAGUAACUAUAGGAGGUAUGAUCGGUUUUAAAAGAUCUAUAAAAUUCAAGUCUUUGAGAAUUUUGAAGAGUGUUUUGCCAAUAUGAGAUAUAUUCCUGUUUCAUUGAACUUACAGAGCCACAAGCUAGGCUUGUGUAUCGAACCACCUUUCAAAUUAAUAAUUACCAUACUGACAUCGGCAAUUUAACUCUAAGUACACACAAUUUGUUUGGAACAUAGAAAAUAAUCAUUAGAUAGGAUAAAAAUAGAAAAGGCUGAACCUGUAAGUGCAAAAACGUGAAAGAAAAGGUGAGGAAAAAAAAUGCAAGAAUAAACGAGAAAAAAAAGGGAAAGAAGCGAAAGACUACACACAAGCAUUAAAGAGCUAAAGUGUGCAUAUACUACGAAAAAAUGACUUUAGUUUAGAAAUAAACAAAGCAAUACUAGAGGCAUUCAUUUCAGGGCUAAGUGAAUUAAAUCAAUUUACUGAAAGAAAGUAAUUGAAGUUCACUGUGUGCUUAGAUGUCUGUAUUCUUUUCUUUGAAAGCUGCCAAUCCGUGAUCACGGUAUAGCCCGAUGUUUUGGCCAUAUUUUUCGGUAAAGACAACAGGUAGCAUCCAACCAACUCACACGUCUCGGCUCCAUCAAAGGAUCCCAUGGUAACGUCAAUCUUUUUCUCCCAUGGGUGAUCACCGCUAAAUAGCAAUGAACGCUUCUCCUGUAUGAUGAUGUCACGCUCAUGUUUACUAAUGGGUCGGAAAUUAUGGGCGAAGUCCAACGCUAUUGGAGAGAAACUUCUUAUUUAUUGAGGGGUAGAAAUCACAUACAUCAAAGCAUAUGAAUGAAAGCGUUUCUUUAUUCUCCAAGGCGUUGAACCAUUUCAAGACGCUGGACGUGUUCUUCCAGUGAUUGAAUCACGUGCUGCUGAUGAUAGAAGUGUCUAUUUCAUCGACGAUCUUUUUAGUUAGAGUGGUAUUGGAAAUUGGGCUUGUGGUCUUUAAGCUAAUUAAUUUCCCGAUGCGGUUGUCAAGUUUAAGUUGUUUGGCUAGUUUAGCUAAUUGAGCAUCUAAUGCAUCUACUAGGUCAUCGUUCGUUUUCUUGUAGACUUUCGUUACAUUUUCCUUACUGCGCUUUUCACAAACAUGCGAACUCUAAAGUUCAAAAGCCGCCUUCACAAUUGCGUUUUUAGGUGCCGUCAAUCAUAAUUACGAUCACAAGCAACGAACCUUGAAAGACAGAAACACAUAAACGGAUCCAAAUUCACCGAUCACAAAUCACAAACCAUGACCUUUUGUACCCGUUAAAGUAAAGUUUUGUUUCCUAAGAGGUCCGUUAAGAUGAUUGACGGCAGCGAAAAACCCAAUCGUUAGUUGGCUUUUGAACUUCAUAAUUCGCAUGUCUGUGAAAAGCGCAGUAAUUAAUUUGUCAUACGAAGUUGGGUUCAUUGUGUAGAAGUUAAUGCUUUUGUACACUCAAGAACGAAAUAUAUUCUCAAAGCAGUCUUUUAUUUUCCUAGUGCCCAGACAAGACGCUCUGAGAGACCCUAUUUGGUGGAGCUCAUGGCAGAUAUAAUAGUGUUCACUACAAACUGUUCGGUAAAGGAUAAGUUGAUAGAAGAAAUAAAGUUUCGAAAAACUAUGGUACACCCGUUUAAUGAUAGUCUCCUGGAGAUAGUGGACACAGGUAACAGCAACAAUCGAAUAUGUUACUUAUCCAUAUCCUGUUUUUAUCAGACCCACAACCUAAAUGCCCGGGAGCUAGUUCCAUAACCUGUUUUUAAAUCUGGAUUAACUAACGAGCUAUAUAAAAAUAAUUAAGUGGGAUGCAUGCUUGUCAAAUUUGGAAAUAAUUGUUGUAAAAAAAAUCAUCUGAAAGCCAAAUCAGGAACAUUUUUGCUGUCCUCGGAAUUUUUGUAUCUAAUUAUUUUCAAAUUUGUACACCAUGUAGUCCUAUCGCAUAUACUAAUUACUAAUUAGUAUCGUAAUAACUAAUACUAAAUAGCUAAUGACCACGUAGUAAGAUACUGGUCCUUGUAAGAGCGUCUCAAUAGAGCUUACCGCCCGCCGUCAAAUGGAUUUAAAAUUAACCGUCAGCCGUCAGAGUAGGUUGUUUUUUUACCGUCAAACGUCAAAAAUGCAGGUUAGGAUUAACCGUCAAAAAUCUUCAAAGUGUUUCGCAUCUCUCAUUGAUCUUCCUGAAGAAAAAAUGCAAAACUAGUUUUCAUGUUCUCAAAAACACCCUAUCCAGUCUUUCAACCUGCUUUUAUCGAGUUCCAAACCACAACAGUUAAUGUUAGAGCGGUUUUCACUUGACUGGUAAACAUUUCUUUAAAUAUUAAAUAAGUUUAUUUUGUUUCAAUUCUAGAGAACUGCACAUGUCCUCUUGUAUACGUUAACCUUAACCUGACCAAGGACCUACAGGAUUUAUAUUUGAAGUUAUAUGAUCAUAUGCCCAGACAGCAGGGAGUUCCGUUUACUGCGAGUUUCAGCCGCUUAAACUGUGGCUUAUCAGCAACAUCAAGACGAUGGCAUAUUAUUAGAGUUUACGAACCUUCAAAACUCUUUGAAAAAUUCCUUGCUUAUCCGUUUAACAGGUCUAACAACUCUGUUAAAGUAAGGCGAAGCCUGGAAAAAGAUGUCUUCUUCUACGUAAGUUACGUUUUCAGAAGUCGUCUACAGAACAGGACCAUCGGAUACGAUUAUGGUUACCUUCGCGUCAAACGUGAUCCACCAAUCGCAAGCAUUUUUGGAUCGUCAGACGCAAGUAAAGGAGACGGGAAUAUUACACUAAACGGAUCGUUGUCGUAUAACCCACAGCAAGGAGGACAACUCUACUUUACCUGGCUCUGCAGACGAAUUUAUGAAACAUUUUCUGCUCCGUAUUAUAGUGCUGAUCGUCCAAAUGUUACAACAAAUGUUCUAGUCGUUAAUGUGGACAAGAUGGAGGAGGGACAGACAUAUGUGUUUGAGCUGAUUAUUACAAGUGGUCAGAAAACAUUUAACGCAAGUCAUCAACUGACCAUUAAUUUGGAAACCAAAUUUUUUAUUAGGUAAGCCAUAUUCUGACCAGCAAACUGUUGACUAUAGCAACAAGAUGAAGCGAAUAGAUGGUUUUCACAGUGACGUAAUCAAAUUUAAAGUCAAAAUAUCCAGGUUUUACGAAUUCUUAUUUACACUAGGUUGAAGAUAAACAAAAAGUAAACCUCUGUACAAGUUUCCAUUCCCGUAGCUCGUUUCAUUUCGAAAAUACAGCAAUUUGAAAUUCCGAGUUUUCACAAUGCGUGACACCCAAAUAGGAACGCUAUCUCGUUGAAAAAAAGUCUCUCCUCUUGAUUUUCAGCAGUAUAACCAUUUCAAGUAUUAGAAGGUAUUUUUAUGCCCACGUAUCCUAGUUCUCGAAUGAAAGGAAAGAGCUUUUAUAGAAAAAAGAAACUCCAGAUAUUUUUGUUGAUUUCUGACGGCCAUAUUGGUGCACCAUGACUGUACACCAAUAUGGCGUCUCCAUAAAAAGCUCUACAAAGGUGCGUGCAACGUUUUGGCAAAUAAACUGUGGGCCAUAAAGACCUGAGGCCUGGAAAAAUUGUUUAUAAAGUAGUCUUUUAUAACAUUUCAUUUUCUUGUCUUCUUCCACUGGACGGUUUCCAAUUUAUUUUUUCGUUGCGUGACAGUAAAAACUAUCUACAAGCCGAUUCAAUAAGAAAAUCAGGAUCCCGGAAUUCAGGACUUUUUGCUUGUGGAAUCGGGAAUGAGGAAUCCGAAAGAUUUUUCUUAUGGAGUUCGAAAUCUAGGUCUUUGGAAUCCGGAGUACAUUCUAAGGAAUCCGGAUCCCCAUAUAAGAAUGGUAUCCGGACUCCAUGUUCCACUGAUAAAGAAACAAGAAUCCGGUAGCUGGAAAUCAGGAAUCCCCGGCGUAGAAUCCAGAGUCCAAAACUCUCUCGCAUUUCUCUUAAUUCAACACAUCAAUUGCAGCAACUGGGACGAAAGGGCUUCCCUACUGGAUGUUCAAAACGCGUCAAACUAUUACUGGCGGGCCUCGAAACACCAUUUAUUUCUUUAUUGCUAAAUAAUUUUACAGUUGUACUUCAUGCUGUUGCCCUUAAAGUUGUUUUAUCUAUUAUUACUUUUAUUCUCAGCUGCAUUUGUAACUGUGGCCCCACCGCAGUUGAUCCAGGCAAACAAACGAUCGUAGAAUCACACUGUACUGGACAUCUCUGCCAAAACAUUACACUCUACGAGUGGCAUUUAUUCAAACUUAACCUUACUGAUGGAAGCCAUUAUUGGAAAGAAGUCACAGACUUAGAUAAGCGAAUAAAACCACCUCGGAAUAAUCCGAAAAUAGUUCUGCGUGGUGGAGGAGAAUGUUCGCUAGAGAAGAAUACUGAUUAUAAGAUAAAUGCCUCGAUUGAAGUGAACGGCAAGAAAAACUACUCGAGUCUCAAUGAGACAACGUUUAAGACGAUAUCUCCGUUAUCAGUUCCCAAUAACAGAUGCAAAGUAACACCGAGUGUGGGCGUUGCUUAUAUUACGAACUUCACGGUUGACUGUGCUGGUUGGCAAGACCAAUGCGAAAACCGAACUUUCUCUUACAGGUAAGUUAUGAUUCGAGACUUCGACUCUCUAGUUUAUGCUGUUUGCUAUGAUUUGGAAGUGAGAUUCAUGAAUGGUUGCCGCUCUGUACCUAUUUCCCUUUUUAUACCUUAUAAGUCCAACGGCGCGUAACUCAAAUCUCCCCAAAUGGGCUAUUUUUAGCACAAACAGUCCCAUCUCCUGUGACGCCCGCAUUUUCUACGAGGGUACCGAGCAAAGGAUAAACAAACCCAAAGGCGUCAGAAAUUACAUCCGUAGGAGAUGAGUAACUUCAAUUUAUGCGAUCAUUCCCUCCUCUGAAUUUGAGGCAAAACCUUUAGGAUAACCUCUUUGAAAAUAACUCGGAAUAUGACGACUGUGGGUGUAAUUCUGGAAUACCGAAAAAGUACUUUUAACAUUAUAAUUUUCCCAUUUCACCCUCGGCAGUGUGGCACCUUCAGUGUAGAUGGUCCAGGUUCGACUCUCGGCUUAGCCGUUUUUACUAUGUUGCAUAUUUUUUGCUUUCCUUUUGUUUCGUUUUGUUUUGUUAGUUAGAUUGUUUGUUUGUUUGUUAAUCAUACUUUUCCCCUUUGGCUAAUUUCUCUUUAUUCUUACUGCUGGCCCAUUACAGCUCCGCGAGGAUUUUGCGAUAAAGCGGUAUUUCUAGCAGUAGUGUUGAAAUAACAUUGUCUCAUUCUUAAAAUGUACAUGCAUUGUUUAUCGCGAUAAAAGCACAUAGAAAGUUAAGAGAGCACUUAAAUAAAGUCGCAAGACGAAUGCCCAUCUCCAGAAAUUUCACACGCAAGCCACGCAAAUUUGCGGCCUCCCGGGCAAGUUUGUGACGUUAAGGGUGGCUCAGCUUGGUCUAAAAAUAGCGCAUUUGGCUAUUUUGAUGGAACCGCGGGGACCCCGCGCUUGCGGUCAACUACCCUGAUUAUGGCUCCAACUGGCAUAAAUAGCUCUUUCCACUGAGAAGCUUGUGUGAAAUCAAUCUAACUGCCUCCAGAAUUUUUUUAUGACACCUUUAAAAAAAAGUAAAUAAAUAAACGAAAGCAGCAGCCAAACUAAAGAGCUGCCUAUCACACUUCUAUGCCUUUGAAAUGAACCAGAAGGGAAUACGCUAACCAAGAGGCAGCUAAACUGAAAACGCUAAAUAUCACGUGAUGCACUCGUGUUGUGUUUAUUUUGGCGCCAAAUCCUACCUGCCAUCAAAAACCAUCAAAAUGGUCUUGGCGCAAACGCUGUAGAGACGUUUACCCUCGCUCGGUCAUUAAAACAUAACGCUAAUAAAUUUUUUAUCGUGUGAGUUGUACUCGAUUUUCCGAUGGCUUGAUUUUUGCAGUUCUUUUCUUUUUUUCUUUUUUUUUUCCUUCCUAUUCUUGAUCAGAGCUGUUUUUCUCCAGUUACUGGGGCUUUCCCGCAUCCUCAAAAACCAGCAGUACUUCCAAACACUUUCAAAUGAGUAUUUCAGUUGAAUAUCAAAUGAAUAAUUAAGAGAAAAUGAAAAAAAUGCAUAUAUUUUCUUGUAAGUAGUAUAUUUUGCUUUUGGUUGGCAAGCCAUCUAAACACCAGUUUCUUUGUGCUUUGUACUUUUCUUAGGUACAUUACUUCAAUUGGCCUGGUUAUUCUGGAAAGUGCAACCCCAAACCAUUUAAUAUCAACGAGUCUUCCUGGAGGAACAGAUUCUAAUGAUUUCAAUGUCACGAUACGCGUGGACAUUUACGGAAAGGACGGUGCAAAUUAUACGGACAAGUUCAUUGUAAAGGUAUUUUGGCUGAUGCUGUCGAUAUAAAAACGAACUAGAUCAGCCAUUUUGUUGCUUGCAUUUUUAUACUCAAGUUGGUUACGGAAUUACAUUUAAGCGCAGUAUUUUAUAUCCAAAUAUGUUUUUUUCUAUUACGGAGGCUGCAUUUGGAAGAGGAAUCUUGUGGCUAAAAAAACGAACGAGUUAAAUAACUACUCUUGGUAUUUUAUAGUUAAGAGUAUGAAGGUAAUGUCCCUAAAAUCUGUAACUACUAGUGUGACAAGUAUAGGAUUUUGUCGUAUUGGCGUCAUCUAAUGGCUUCCGACUUUGAAUUAGACGGGAAAACUGUCGACCCUAGAUUUUCAUGUUGACAAAAAAGGGUUAUUUAGUUAUAGAAAAGAAUCAUUUCGGCAAAUGGUUAAAAUAAGGUAGUGUGCAUCGAUGGCUCCUUCGAACAUUCUUAACAUUUCGCACACAGUUCUCACAACGUCUGAGAUAAAUGAAUGUAGACGUUAGUAGUACGAAAGUGAUCCUGGGUCUAAUACAUGAUAUGGUUUUGGCAUAUUGUUCCCCUUUCGUGAUGCUAGUUGUAGUGAAGGCCACAGGUGUGAAUGAAUGUUACUGACAUGCUCGAUGUCGUGAACUCUCCUUGAUUACAGACGCUCAUUCUCGUUCUCGUGGAUACAAUAGAUCUGUUAUUAUGGUUCUAAAGUUCUUCUACAAUUCGGCAUCAAGUUGAAUGACAAUUACAUCAAAGAAUACAGAUCGUUGGUGCUCCCACGUGCUUUAAUCCCGCUUCCUGCCUAUGCUUUCUUAGAUCCCCUGUUGAACUGUUCUCUAGAAGGUCAUUCAGUUUGGCUCAUCUACUGCAUACCAUACUCAAACCAAUAGUUCCGCUUCCAGAAGUUCUUACCUCUUUGUGGCGGAAAAUAUAGUUAUUUCAUUAUAUUAUUUAUUUAUUCAUUUAUUUUUGCAAUUUCCAUAGCCAAUCUCUGCAAGAGCCAUGAAAUGACCUUAAUGUCCUUUUUCUCCCAUGAAAGAACCUCAAGGAAAACUACACCAUAAUUACUUCAAGUAGCCUUAACCCAAGUCUUGCAUUAAAUGACCUAAACAAUUACUCAUAGAUCGCAAAGCUCCAGACUGUAUCUUAUAAUAUGUUCGACUGCUCUUCUUUAAAAAGGUGAAGCCGUCCAACACGUCCAAAACGUCUAAUGUGACAGAGACGAUCGAUGACUUACUGAAAAAUGGAAAAUUCCAUGACGCGACUACUUUGGCAAUUUAUUCCCUUGGCUCCAGUGACGAUCAGGUAGGUAUUUACCCUCUGUACCCUCCCUCAACAUGUUAUUUCAGAUUGUCAUGUCGCGCAGGUCUCUUGGAAUCCUCGAUCUGCCUUAUUCUCCUUAUCAUAAUUAUCACUAUCCAUUAUCUGUUAAUUAUUGUGAUAUCGACUCAGAAAGGUGAUUAUUAUCAUUAUCAUUAUUAUUACUAUUAUUGUUAUUAUUAUUAUUAUUAUUAUUAUUACUAUUAUUACAAGUGAUACCUGUAAAGUAAAUUAUAAUUAUUUUACACCAUAUAAUUAAAGCGUCAAGUUUAAACCUUAAAAUAAUUUGAUCAAAAAGGGUUAGCUUUUUCGUCUUUCUUCGGUGCCGCAUAUUUAUACGACGAAGUCACGGUUCGAGUUUGUCCGCUGUAGUGAGAAAAAAUUCCAUUUGCUUUUAUUGAAAUGGAUGGUUGAAAAUUGAUCGCUCUUUUUCAUAUACAAAUCACGUCCAGUGACAUGCAAAUCAAGUCAAAGAGAAAGAAAAAUCAACUAUUACAGCUGAUUCUUAAGUCGCGGCACCAGCCGAUUAAUAAAAUGGAUUUACAGAGAGAGAUACGAAUUGCUAUUACUGAAAAGAAAACAAUAGCUUUAUAACAGCCAGCAAACCACUGAGGUGAAACUUAUUUCAUGUUGCUCCCCUUUCAAACGUGGUAUUUCUUAUGAGUGCCGAAAACACAUUUUAGUCGAUGAAAGUAAUUAAAUACCGCAUUUGAUUCAGACGUUAGAUAUGAUGGUGCCGAAUUUAACUCCGUUUGUUGUAAAUAUUCCCAGUGUCAAGAAUUUUUUUUUUUUCAUCCAAUAUGGAUAAGGGUUUCUUUGAUUAAAGAAUUAUAUACGACACAUGUGAAAUGCGACUUCUAAUUUGAACCUAAGUCGAAUUUUCGACUGUUUCAGUCGCAGAUUCGACAAAAGUCGUGUUUAAUUUGAAACUGUCGAAUUUAGUUGAUUCAGACGUUCUAUCUCAAAGCAGUAAUACUUCUCGAAUUAAAUUAGGCACGUGUGAAAAUCGACGAUUGAGCUGGGUAAUGAUAACAAUGUCCAGUAUUACACACCGCAUUUUUUAAUAUUCCUGUAAACGUUUUUGCUUUCAAUUUACCACAUUAUGUUAUUAGCUAUAUGCACCACACGUGUAACAAAGAGAUUGAAAAAAAAAAAAAAAGAUUUAAAAAAAAAAUGAGGUUACGAAAACUUUGCUUUACGGGCACGGGCAUUCGAAUCCGGACCUUCAAAAUUAGUUACAGGUAAAAGUUAACUUCUCGAUCCAUUGAACCACCUCUGUAAAUGUUGAUUAUAGUUUAACAUUCCGCAAUAUCCCUAAAUUUAAGGACAGUUGUGACGUCAUAGAGCUAUUGUUUUCGAGGAAAAAGAUAACCACCUUGUUUCUGAAAUUCACCAAAUCUGAAAAGAUUUAUUAAUACCAUUUGAUUCUCCAAAUUGUCAUCAACAGUUAAAAAAAAAAUCAAAGAAAGAGGGGCAAAUUUCAACUGUAAAUGAUCUAUUUUGCUACUCACUGAACACUGAUAAUCUGGGUUGAAAUUAAAACCUUGCAGGUACGACAGCAAGCAAAGAAAGCACCAGAUGCGUGAAGUCAACACGAAACAACACACACACAGCCAACAACAACAAGAAAAAUUGAUAAAUUUGAACUACUUUUUACUCUUGUUAUAAUGACUGGUUCUUUGAUUCUUGUCCUGCAGAAGUUAAUAGGUGGUACCAAACCUGUUUUGUACGAUCUCAACAAAUUUUAAUACACUCUCUACGGCUAUUGUCACACAUCAAAUCUUGCAAGCCAUGCCAGUGAAGCCACGGCCUUUGCGAUCGGCCCGGAAUAUUCGAACACCCCAACAAUUUUUGAUCACUGGAUUGAUGUUUUGGUGAACAAAAGUGCGCCUUCUCAAUGGUUGAACAGUUUCGCGUGACCAGUUGGCCCUGUCCUUAAGUUUGGGGAUAUUCCGGACUGUUUGAAAGAGGUGUAUAUCCCUCCUCUGCGGUGAUUGACAGUUUUCAACGAUGACUUUUUCGUUUUUUUUUUAUUAUUUAUUUAUUUCUGUGUAGAACUAAAUCUUUAACUGAUUGAAGAUAGACGUAAAGCUCACAAUAAACACAUUAAUACUCUUUCAGGCUUGGUCCAGCCCGAAGAUUUAAGAAAUUCAUGAACUAUCAAUCGCGCGGCUACCAAGUGAACAGUAUGACCGUGCGAUUGUUUCCCUGCUCGUAAGGUGUCUUUUCAUCGAUCGGCGAAAACAUUAACACAACUCUGUUCAUCAUUAUUCCCAUUGUUUUAGGUUAGGGUAGCAAACCGUUUGGCUUUUAAGGUUAGAAUAGCUGCUACAUGGCCUCUCUCCCCGGAAUGAAGAAAAACAAUAUGGUCGCCAAAUAAAGUUCUCCUUUAUUAACUAACGUUGAACAUUUAUUUCGCCAAUAGUUAAGUUGAAAAAUGAUGUUACAAAAGUCUCAAGAGUAGGUCUCCUUUUCGAUUUUAACCUUCAAUAUCGGUCAAUUUACUCAAAUUUAAAAUUCUGGCUCACUUGACGUUUGAUUUUGCUUUGAAAAUGGAAUAAUAAUUGCUUAGGGACAAAACGGUGUAAAGAAUUGUUGAAAAAACAGCAAAAACUUGCCAAUUUAUGACAAAAAAGGUACUUUAAAAACGAACUAAAGCAUUCAAAACGCUUUGAUCACGUGACUGAUGACGUCAUGUCCUUCUUUCGGUCAUGAAAAAAAUUAUCAGGUAGGACAUUACUUUCCUGCAAAUUUUCGCAGCCGUUUGAUAAAAGGUUGACUCUCUGCAGCCCUCAGCCUAGUCUCCCGACUUUUUCGCGCAUGUUCAUUACCCGCUUAAAUUUUAAAUGCCGGACGUAAACUGGUUAUUUUUAAAUGCCCCACACAACGAAAAUCUCAAAUAUUUAUUUUCAACUCGUUAAGGAAAUCUUGUCACAACAACAAGAAAUAAUCACAUGACCGAUGACGUCAUUACCUUAGAUGUGACAUGGAAAGAUAUUUUACGGCAAAUGUUAUCUUGUUUUGGUCUACGUAUAAAUUGUCAAAGUUAUAAAGCUUUUUUUAAAAAAAUGCCUCAAAGGAUUCUGGGAGAUUUUUUAUGAUAAUUGUAAUUUACUUUUAUAGUUAUAAUUAUUAUCAUUGCCAUUGUUAUUAUUAUUCCUCUUAUCAUUUCAGACCAAAGACAAAAUUUUGAGUUCCAUGGCAGAAGUCAGUGUCACAGAUAUUAGCUUGGCAACUUCGCUUACCAAUAUUACUGUCUUGGCAACUCGAGAAAGGGAAGGAAUUCCUCUUAAAACCCUGGCAAGUAUUAAAUUGAUCGAUAAUUCACUAGAGGCAAAUAGGGCUUCCCAGUUUAGCGAAAUCCACUCUUUUCGUUGAUACAAACUUGCUUCGACGCACUAGCGACGUCCCUUAAAGAAAUGCACUGGGAUAAUUUUCGCACUUUUAUCUAAAGAGGAAUACAGAGCGUGCUGGUACUCUCUGCUUUAAUUAAAGCAAUUGGUAAUGACAGUUAAACCGGCAUACAUUCUCCUCCCCUUUAGUUUUAUAUGGCCUGCCAGCCUAUUACGCGAUGAGCUCUUCUAAAGUUUCGAAGACGAUAUAAUACAAAUUUCAUUAGGGAACACUAGUCAAAACAGGGGCGUAGAGUGGGAUUUUGAAGAUGUACGCACGAGAAUUAAUUUUUCCUAAGCGCCAAAGGCGCUUACAUCUAGGGGGGUGUGGGGGCAUGCUCCCCCAGAAAAUUUUGAAAUUUGGGGUCUCGGAAAUGCCAUCUCCUGGUUUUUCUGCGGGGCAUUUUCAAUAACUAAUGCGGCAAAAAUGCAGUAGAAAGUUGUACAAAAACAAUGAAGACAGGUCACAGGCAAAGGGUGAGGCGUCGACCCCCUAAGACGGGCAAACUCCUUUACUAACCUGUCAAUCCACGUUCUUAUGUUUAUGUACAUGAGGCAUUGUUAGGGAGCUUAAUCUUUCGUCCGUCAUCGUACUUCGCAUGCAGAGGAGAUUUUAGUCUCUUCAUGCUACUGAAGCUACGUUCGGCAGUGCAUGUAGACGUUGUUUAGUUGUCUUGUUAAUUACGUUGAAGUAAUCGUGUAUCGAUUUUCGAGCCAUAUGUGUGUACUUUGUCUCACGAAACACACGAAAACACUACAGAAGCAAGUGAUCACGCUCCUCAAGUCGUAGAAAUAUUCAUAGGAUUCUCUAGCAGUUUCUUUGGAAAAUCAAUCACUGGGGCUUCACUGUUUGACCUCACAAGUAUAUUCCUAAUCUCCGUUGACGGCAAAUACGUUUUGUUCUGAAGCCACACGUCAUGGCAUAGUAACCUCUCCUUCAAGAAUACAUGCGGGGGUGGGAAAACUGGUGAGGCUGGCUGACUUUGAGGGAGGGGUACAUGAGGCCUUUUUCCUAUUUUUGCUUAAGACUCAAAUGCAUUUUGCCAUUAUUAGUGGCCAGCACUGAAUGAACGAUGCUUGAAUAAUGGGAAUUCUAAUAAAAAACGCCAGUAUAAUGUGAAAAUAUGAAAUUAUUAGCCAGCAAAUUUAAUGCGAAAAAAUUUUUCCUCAGAUCUCAGCUGUACGCACGGGCGUAGGUGCGUAUAUGGACGCUACGCCCCUGCAAAAUAUAAAUAUUUUUGGGGUGAAUUUUACAGGGAAAACAUUAAAACUUGAAAAUUUUGUACCGGAUCAAGUUUAUUUUUUUCAGUCUUUCCUCAUCCAUCUUUCUCAUCGGUAGCGACAGACGAAAGGAAACAAUUUCCAUGCCUAAAUAUAGACUUGUUAAAUAACUCAAGUCUACGUGUACCAUUAUGUUUGGAAUUCAACUUAUGCUAAGACACCUAGCAUUUUAAACGAUGGGUGUGACUAAGGCUUUCCACAAGUUGCUCGAGAUUUUCUAAAUUAGAAAGUUUACCGUAAUUUCCCAAAAAGUUGCUCAAAUCUGAGUUUCUCAAAAAACAAUCGAAAGUUGGAAAGUUGCUCAAAAGUUGCUCGAAAAACUAAUGUAUGCUAAAAUAUGUAAAUUGUACAACAAAAGUAAUAUUUCUAAGCAUUUUUGUGCAAUUUUGCGACGAGACCAGUGUUGCUCAAAAAACUUUAUCCUCAAUUAAAACCAAAAAUUUAAUUAGUUAAUAAAAUUGUUGAAUGACCUUCUUCACCCUAGACACUCGAGUAAGUAAAGUGUGAAUCUUCGCACCACCAUUUUGAAUUUUCUCUAAAAACCGCUGACCUAGCAGCCCGGCUACUUUUAACUUGCGCCCAUGAUAUGCCCCCAUGGGGAAGGAUUUGGCUCCCUUUUUUACAGGAAAUUCAUAAAUUGUCCACUAAAACAAUGUGAGAUAUGACAUAAAGGUCAAUUUACGAACUAAUAGCUGCUCCGAUAUCUCAGAGUUAGAGGAUAACCAAAGAAAUUACUCAGAAUGCAAAAAAGUAACUCGAAAUACGAGUAGUUACCAAAAAGUUGCCGAGCAACUUGUGAAAAGCCCUAAGUGUGUUAUAACCUUUUAUUAAUCUCGUGGAUUUCCUUUUAAUAGGAGGACACUGCUAGUAUCCUAAACAAUACAAUUAUUUUCCUUCGCGAAAAUGCUGUGAAAAACAAGGAUUUGGUGGAAAAGAGCCUUGGCAAUAAUGCUCUCGAAGGAUUGUCGAAUAUACUGGAAGCCUCUCCCAAAGUAUCCGGCAAGCAGGUAAGGUUUAUAUGUUUAUCUUAACCUUGAGCAAACUUUAUCCUACGGUUUUCUGGAAUGUUUUCCCUCCACACAGAAAAUCCUUAAAUCAGCUCAUCAUAGCAUCUACUAUGAUGGACUGCGUAGCAGUCGUCUCCGUUUCCUUUGCGUUAAGUGAGAGAAACGAGCAAAGAAAGGAGAAAAAAGAAGGGAACUUUGGGAGGGGAGGGAAAGGAGUGAAAGCGCCUGUUACUGAGCCCAGACAUUUUAUCGAACGCACCCUUCAUCGAGUGAAUGGCUGUGAAGUAUUGAUAUUGGUCAGUCUACUGUCAAUAAAACUCAUAGCCCCAAAAGACAUCCUUUUCGGUGUUUCGCACAGAUUUUAUACCUCAUGCAUAAGAUCUAUCCUAACUUAUGCAGUGACAAUUAAAUGGUAUUGGUAAUACAAACCAUACAUAACCCCGGAAUUGUUAUAUAGUUCACAAUGUUUUUUUUGUUUGUUUGUUUGUUUUUGUUUUGUUUUUGCAUUUGUUUUUUUUUUUUUUUGUUGUUUUUCUUUGUUUUGUUUUUUGUUUUUUUCUCGUGGGCUAGCUCAUGCAAAGUGCAAUAAUGUUAUUGUCCCUUUUAGGGCUAGGUGGAAACUGACACUGUAAGUUAUUCUAUGAUAGGCUAGAGGUGUAACUGAGAGAGCCCUUUUGUUGGUGGACACUCUUGCCACAGCACUUCUAUCCAUUGAGACCACUGGCCACAAGGAGAGUGUCUAUAACAGCCAUAUAAUGAGAAUGAGACUUCAGCGACAAACGCCAGCAAAUCUGGGAAACAAGAACUUUACAAGUGGGGAUAAGGAAGACGGCAAUGUGACGUUUCCAUCUGCCGAAGUUUUGUUUGGCAACGGCGAAAACGAAUUAACAAGUGUCGGUGUCCAGGUAAGUUUACAAUAUCUUGGAAUUUAAGAUCCAUUUUGUUCAGAAAUCACAAGAAUCGUACGUGUAGGCCAGGAGCGAAAUACCCUGUUUUUACUGCUCACUUCUCCUGUUUGCAUACUGGCUAAGUUUGUUGAUUCACAACUGAUAGACACCCCCGCAAAUUCGGAGAGCCGCCAAAACUCCAACAAAAAUUUGCAGUAGAAAGAAAACUAAGGCAGUAACAAAAACAACCUAUUAUGGACUCCGCUAUCUAUACGUUACGUAAAGAAGCAUUUUGUCUGUCCUGACAGCACAGUUGUAUUUUUUUUUUUUUAACUCGUAAUGACGGAAAACGAAACUCAUGAUAUAUUCCUUCCUUUUAUAACAUCUUUGUCCUCUUUUAUUGUCCCAUCACAAAACGCUUAAAGAAACAACCCAGGAAAGGCGGAAUUAAAGAUAUUCUUGCAAACCUUCAAGCUAUGAAAAAGAGGACCCUUUUCCUUCAGGGAUAGACUUCAUCGAGUUGAUGAGUGUCAAGGGUUAUUUUAGGGGAUUGGAGAGGGCUGCCUGUGUUAAAAAGAAAAUGUCUGCCAACGACUUGUUUGAGUUUAAUAUCCUGGGCUGAUCUGCGAAGCGAUCCCAUAUUAUAAUUAAUACUGACAGUUAAAUUAUCCCACUCUUUUCAUUGAUAGCAGUCAUCUCAUGUUUUCACCUUCAUUCGGGUGCUAAGCGUUUAUCUUAAGUUUCCCUGAACAAUAAAUUACUCACGUUUACUUGGAACAAUAGCUUUUCGCAUAUUUUGCCACAGACCAUCUGAACAAAACGUUUCCAGCAUUGAUAGAAUAUAUAUUAUAUAUAUCAUUCUGGAGCUGCGAAGCGACGUUCACCGGUCGCACAUCACAUCAAAGACCUUACAUAUUACAUGAAUGUCCAUUGUUAAUUCACUUUACAUGCCAGAAUAUAACGCUACACAUUUUUUUGUUUGUUUGUUUUUCAUUUCUUUUUAACCUAGAUUGUAACUUUUAGAGAGAACCCAUACGUAUGGACAGAUACCUCCACAUUAAUCAAAUCUUCGUUGUUGAGUCUGGAUUUAAAGAGGACGAAUGGAUUACGCCUUAACGUCUCCAAUCUUAGUGAGCCUAUAAAACUGUUCAUUCCAAUAAAUGAAUCCAAGAAAGUGGAAAGGGCACGGGAUCAUCUUUUUGUUAAAUCCAGUGGCAUUCGAUAUCACAAAAUUAAAUUAGAAAGUGUUUACGACACCGCUUUUAUAGAAAUUAAACCAGAAAAUGAUGCAUCUUUAGAUGUUUUUGUAAGUGCGGGUGUCAAACCAGAACCAAACAACUACACCUUUAAAAGACAAAUUCCUGAUGAUUCUGACAACUCUUUGUGUGCAAAUUUUUAUCUCGGAACUGACUUCUUUAACUGUGCCAUCAGCCCCUAUAUGUUUUCAUUUUCGAGCAAUGUAACGGGAGAUCAUUACAUAGGCAUCCGUCUAGGGGAUGACAAAAACAGACCGUCAAAGCAUGAUGUUUUAAAAUCCGCUGUAAAAAGCCACGUACGACAGAAGCGUUGGUGGAUUACUCUGAAAGAACCUCCCACUACUCCUAUCCCAAAAAUAGUCCCAAAGUACGACAGCAGAACCGACGUUAAUUACUCGAUGUCAGUAAAAAUUGGGACCUGUCUCUACUGGGCUGAGAAUAAGCAGGAUUGGACAAAUGAAGGAUGCAAGGUUGGUCUUUUUGCUGCUGUUGUUGUUGUUGUUUCCUUGUACAUUUUUAAUCCUUUUACUACCAGAGUGAAUGUUGAAGUCCCUAAAGGCAGUUUUAACUUUUUAGUCUAUAGAGAAAAUCCUAUGAUGUGACCAUUUAAAUGAAACCUCUCUGCCCGCACUUUCAAGUGGUGCUAUUUGUUUGCAAAAUUUUACAAAACGAAAUUUGGGAAUUUUUGUUGAAUUUUCGGCUUUGGCCACACUUGGCACUGACAGGGUUUGAUAUCAGUAUCGUUAUUAUUGUCAUCAUCAUCAUCAUCAUUAUCAUCACAUACUUGGACCAUCGCCAUUACGGUCAUUAUUAUCACUGACGAAAUAUGAGGUCGUUUUCUACGUUAGCACUGCUAGCAAGUCCACUUUUCACGCAUAGAUUUUUUGAUUUGAAAUUAUGUAUGUGUUCAAAUAAAUAGCCGGGCCCAGUUGUUCGAAGGCCGAUUAGCGCUAACCCAGGGUUAAAUUUUAACCCCGGGUCUCCUUUUCUUUUCAUCAAAAGCAUUUUCUCGAACAAUUUUCCCUAUUCUUUUUAGAGUAGCCAAUCAUCAAAUUGUUGACAAAAAUAAUUAAACUGAAUUUGCUUUUUAAGCUUUCGUAUCUGAAUUCAAAUUUCGAACUGACCCUGGGUUAUCUUAACCCAGCUUUGAACAACUCGGCCCAGUAGCAUAACGAAUUCCCUACUAUCUAAUUUCGACCAAAUUUUAGUGGCAUCUUUUAAUGAAUUUUUUUCGGUCACGUUUGGCGACUAGAAUAUUUACUGAGAGUCCCAGAAAAACAUUAAUGUUGGGAGUUGCGCCAGACUAAAAGCUUCUAUUAUUUCCUGUUUAAAAGGUUGGAUCGGAUGAACUCAGUGAGAAUCUGCAAUGUAUCUGCAAUCAUCUGUCAGCAUUUGGAGGUGUAGCUCCGAACCCAAUCGAUUUUGACACGAUUUUGGAAACUUUAGAAAAGGGAGACCCCGAAGACUUUGUCGUGCUUGCUACUGUGUGCAUGAUAUUUGGCAUAUACUUCAUCGGUCUCGUGCUGGCUCGUCGAGCUGACAAGAACGACAAAAGAAAGGUAUGUUUUUAGCUCCAAAUAUUGUAAAUAAACAGUUCAUUACAAGUAACUUAAAUUUCCUUCAACAGUGUAGGAGGCUGCGAGACUGAAACCACCACACGGUUAGCUCAGUUGAAUGAGCACUGGUUUGCCAAGCAUGAGGUCACGAGUUCCUAUCCCGUUGGCACACGUUCAACUGGGGUGGUUAAUUAGGUUGUAAGAUCAUACUGGCUGGGAUCUAAGAUCGUGUCUGAGUUCAUACGGUCUUGUCGUUGAGCAGUGAAGUUAGACCAUUGGGCUUUUCAGACUUUAAUUAAGUCACUGGCUUCAUUCUGCAACGGUUAUCCUGUCAUUAGAACUGAGGGAUCCAGUGAGAUGAUAUACAUUUCAACGAAAAUACAGAGAGUAUCACAAAGAGAUGAGUGCGUUACCACUUGUAAAGGCUGUAUCUUUAGACGAAAUCCCAUGAUGUUACCAUUCGAAAUCCUAGAGAACAGCAAAUAAAGAAUUUAAGGAGUGCGUGACAAUUCUAAAGAACCGCUGCCCCCUAUAUAAAAAAAAGUUUCAAGUACAUUUCUUUUUGCUGUGGAAAGAACGAGCAGUAUAUCUUUGAUCGUGGGCGAAUUUAAGUGUUUUAUCUAAAUAGUUGUUCUUUGAUAAUAUCAGGUUAAGUGUUUGUGUGCUUUGUUUUAGGUUGUUGCAAAUGUGUUCAUAACCAAAUCUUUACAUAUGGAUGACCACACUAGCAAAAGAAACACAGAGAUAGUGGAUACCCCCUUUCAGCUACAUUCAACCGAUGAUUCUUCCAACAAAAACGUUUACCACGUGAGCAUCGCAACAGGAAUGUGGAUUAACUGUGGGACAUCUGCAAAUGUUGCACUCAUUAUAAAUGGUGAACAGGGAAGCAGUGGAAUGAUUUCUUUGACAGAUCCCUUGGCCAGGAAAAAGUUGUUUUCUCGAGGAAGUGUCAAUAAUUUCAUUCUUGCAUUGCCGAAUUCCUUAGGAAACCUUACAGAUAUCCUUAUAUGGCAUGACAACAAGGGAUCCAAUCCGGCCUGGUUUCUUCAAGAAAUUGUCGUAACUAACCAGCAAACAGAGGAAGAGUGGUACUUUUUUGCUAACCAGUGGCUUUCGCUGGACAAAAGAGCAGGCUCUGUUGAGCUCUAUCUUGAACCCAGGAAAAGGGACAGACUUGUGUUAUUUAAACCUCUCUGUUACGGAAGAACGGCGCGAAACUUAAGUGAGGGACACAUUUGGAUUUCACUGUUCACACGACCCCCUCAGAACCCGUUCACACGAUGCCAGCGUUUAUCUUGCUGUCUUUCUCUUUUUUUAACAGCCAUGGCUACAAACGCUAUGUUCUAUGAAAAAGGCGAUUCUAAGACUGAUGAUACCUUCAAGUUUGGGCCUCUAGUCAUGAGCUUGACACAAGUCAUAAUUGGAAUUCAAAGCAGUCUAAUAGCUUUCCCACCUAACUUACUCGUGGCGUUAAUGUUCAAGAACAUAAGAUCAAGCGGUGAAUUCUAUGAUACAGUAGAGAGAAGAAAGAAACCAAAGAAUCGGGGUUUCCUUCCACCGUUUUUUAUUUACAUCGCCUGGUUGUUUUGUCUUGCCAUUGCUGUGACUGGAGCCACAAUCACAGUGUUCUAUAGCCUCGAUUGGGGGGGAGAUAGGUCCAACCCAUGGUUGACAUCUAUACUGGUGUCCAUUUUUCAAGAUAUCCUUAUCAAUCAACCCGUCAAGCUGGUAACCUUCGCGAUAGUCCUAUCACUUUUGAUCAAAAAGCCAACAGGGCAUGAAACUGUCGUGGGACCUUCUAUUUUUCAGAGCCCAAAGGUAAAACAAAUCAAGGCUACGUCCACCGAAGACAACAAAACUGAAAAGGAAGUCUGCAGUAAAAACUGGGACAUGGCUCAGGCUUUUAAAGAAUUUGCGUCGUUUCUGGUCUUAAGUAUCGCCCUCAUGUUCGUUGUUUAUGCAGCUCAAGACUCAUCCCGAUACCAGUUCACCAAUUCAACAAUCAGCCUUCUAGGUCACUUUGAUAAGGUGAAUUAAGUGGAGUUACCACGGUGUUGAAAAUAUCUUUUAAUAUAGAUAGGAAUUAAGGAAUAACAAGUUACUCAGGGGCUGGAAAAAUCGUUUGUUAGGACAGUGCUAUGUCUUAUUAUAUCCGAAUCCCCGGGGCGAACAUUAGAUCGAUAUUUUUAACUAAAUCUGCAUUCCAGGGGCAAACAAUUUUACCAUAAGGUUUGUUAUGUGGAGUGCUCUGAAUGCUGAAAAACAUCUUACCUUCCUGCAACCAACGUAAGUCCCUGUGACAAAUCGAUGACAUAAAUAGACCAUUUUUAAAGGCUCACGGCGGGUCACCCUUCAGAGGGAUAAUCAGAUUUGGCUAUUUUGGUUAAUUUGUAGUAACUUUGUUAGCCUGAAAAUAUGAAAUAUUGAGCCAAUCAAAUUGCCUUAUAUUUUGACACGAAAAUAUCAAAUUAUGACGUCACAUUUUCUGUCGCAGAAAAUCAAAUAUAGACCGAAAUAUAAUAUUUUAGUUUCGGAUAAAUUCGGUCCACCAAAAAGGGGUUGUAAAAUAAGUCUACAGUCCCAUUCAGCCCAAUCCAUAAACACAUUUAAAAGCUGCUAAGCUAAACAGUAAAAAUUUGUUUCUUUAAAGAAGCAGCUUAUCGUAAAUGAUCGAUUGAGCUCAGCAGCGCUUAUUUCAUUUCCCUGUCAUAGGUGCGGCGCUUAUAUGAGAGCGGCACUAAUUUCAACUACAGGUAAAACACUGAGGGGAAUAUGAAGAGAAAUAAGUGGCCGCGUACUAGCUAGGCACAGUUUGUAUGGGUAAUGAUAUGAUUUUCUCUCAAUCUGGAGUAAAUAAGCACGCGUAAAUUUUUCAAAGAGCAACAAAAGUGCACGAGCCCGUAGGGCGAGUAGAUGUUCUUAAAGUCAUCCUCGAUUAAGAAAGCUCGGCAAUAAGUAUGCUGCUGUUUUGAAACCAGGAGAACGCUUCGAGCAGCCAAAGAUGAAAGAUACUACUUGCUGAGGUGUUUAAUGACUUUUCAUCAUUGUCCGUUCCUGAGACCCCCAUGACCGGCUGGAUUCAUGGAGAUAUUUUUGCGAUUUAAAACUCGAAAAUGAAGAAGGUAAUUUGUUUUCUUUUAAUGCUGCCAUCGAUGGGCAAGUGGAACAACAGUUGUUGUGAUGUCGGAAACUGCCAAUAUUUGCUCUAUCUCAGCGCUGUGGUUUUAAUUAUUUCGUUUGUAUAUUGCAACAGAGAGUCGUCGUCGGUCUUUUUCGUCGUCUUCAUCCUAGUCGUCGAGGAAAUUUACACUUCUGUGGCCUGUGACUUUUUGCGAUAUGUGAGCGUACAAUGUUUGCUGUCUGUUGUUUUUCUUGCGCUUUAAACUUCAAGGCUAGUAUCAUUUACAGAUUCUUUUCAUUAUCGGUUACUCAUGGUAUUUUCGCCCUUUGGUUUAGUUUGAACCAGAUGUUUGUCAUCAAGGUUUCGGGUUCGUUUGAUACUGUUCAGGUAGAAAGAACCACACCAUCUCAUGUUGUAAUAGAGAUCUUUGCUGGACAAAAAAACUUAUAGAGAGCAACCGGACACUUUUCUCCUCCAACGGACAACAUUCGUGGCUUAAAAUCUCUGUUGGUAUGAUGGAAAAUUGUACCCUUGUUCAUUCAAAUGCCGAGAAGUGUAACUGUCAUGGCUUUCAUGUGGUUGUCACCGUUUUUGUUCUUUUCUUUUUGCAAAAUCAAAUCGUUAUUUGCUGAAAACCGCUGCCACUUUCUUACUGAAUUUUGUUGUCAAAACAGCUCUUAUCUGAUUGGUCCUCGUUGGUUUCUUUUGUUUUUUCGGCCAAUCAGAAACCAUUUGUAAUUUGCACUAGUGUUCAGACUUGCACUCGUGUUAAAGGAGAACUGCAUUCGUUUCUCAGCCAAUCAGAAUUGACUAUUUUUUUCGUGUAUAUUAUUAAUAUACACUAAAUAAUUUUGCCUGAAUGAGAAAGUUUUCUUUGUCGCUUAAUGCAAAGGCUGUAAACAGCGGCUACGAUCAAGGUGAGCGUUGUUUAUCUCCCAAGUUCUAUGCCUUGUUAACUUGCUGGCACGUACAAUUUUCGAAAAUAAUUGCCUUCCUCUUUUCUCCAUGAAUUAACUUCUAUCUAUAGGCAAAAUUGGUCUUGCGAGAAAAUCCCGAAAUCACAGAACAGUGACAAAGCGACCUCGUUUUCCUCUGAAGUGGUAAACAUAGCUUCGAGCGUACAAAAAGUCACCUACAGUAAGCCACUUCACAAUAAAUCACGCUGUUUAAACACCAUGAAGCCUUUUCUUGCCUUCAAAGUCAUCAGCACUUGGAUAUUCGUGUAUUUUCAAAAAGGCUAAACUAUGAAACUGUGGCAAAACACCCAGUUCACGACAGCAAUUUCGUUCUGCUUUAUAUCCACCGCCUAGCGCGGUGAAUAUAUACACGUCAUGGUCCGAGAUAGCUAACCAAUCAGAUUGCUUGAAUUACCAAGAUCACUGAGUGUGUAUAUACUAAUCAACAAUAUUAACUUCGCAAUCGGCGAAUAAUUAUUAAAUAUAGUAUAUGCACGCCUCGAACUGUUAUAUGAAUCCUGUUUCAAGAGUUUCCAGCUUUAGAAGUCACGAGUUGGUCGAGGUCUUAUUUCUCAAAAGAGACGGUUUUGAUAUCUCUUUAUAUCAAGCGCUGUAACAAAGGUGGCGCGUUUAUUUACCCGAAUUGUCGUCGCGGCGCUUUUUCGAGAGCGGCGCUUAUCAAAUUAUUUUCGGUGAAGGUGCGGCGUUUAAUCCAGAGCGGCGUUUAAUCGAUCAUUUACGGUACUGUACUAUCAUCACUUGCAAAUUUUGUGGCUGUACAUAACGUGUUAAAGUUUAUUUGAAGUGUGCUGUGCCCUAGUACUUUGUUAUUAUACUGUUUUUUUGUUGUUGUUGUUGUUGUUGUUGUUUUUGUUAAACUUAGUUUAAUUACUUGGUGUGAAUGGGGCAUCGAUCUAGGCGUUUCAUAAUCGUUCACCUUUGCUAUUUAAGGCAAGCAUAAAACAUCUCUCUUGUCGAAAGCUACUGUCGGUUGCAUCUAAGUGUGUACACGUGACGAAAAAACAUGUUGUAAUUGUAGGCAAACAUGACAUGUUUUGCCGACAAACAAUCAAAGUUUGGAGUAGGCUCAAAAAAAAUACUUUUUGCAAGAAUUUUUAGACGUUAAGAAUAAUUUCUGGAGGCAAGUGUGCUGUUUCUAAGCGAGAAAUAUGCGUGGAGGUCGGGAAAAAUGAAAUAUGAGCGGAACGCGCUAAUCAAAAACAUUUAAACAAAUUACCUUUGGCGCGACAGUUUGCUUUAAGGGCUGUCAAACUUUAAACGUUUGGCGGCAAAACACGUCAUGUCUGGCGCCCUAUUAGAUCAUGUUUUUUGUCCACGCUUAGAUGCAACCGACGGUAAAUUUAAAAGACAACUUUGAAAAAAAUAAAUUCGUAACUGCCGAAAAAUCAAGAAACAGUUUUGUGGCCUCAUGAAGUCGUUUUCAGCGACUACUUGUAAUUUUAAGUUACUCUUGACCGGUACUUGUUUAUCAGGUGGACAGUAAGGACUCUCUGUGGAAUUGGACUGAAAAUGACCUGCUUCCUAGCCUGUACAACACUAAAUGGUACAAUGGGCAGCCAUUUGAGUACAAAGAGGGAUUCAUAAGUGACAAGCAAACCUUCAUGUUGGGAAUGCCACGACUCAGACAACUAAGAGUAAAGAAAGGUGAGUUUGGUUUAUAUUUAAAUUUAAAACACACCAACCUCAUUGACGUUAUUUUUCAAAAUAUUCCUCUUUUAUUCUGAUUGGCUUAAAUCCAAACCAAAUUUGGGAAACUAUCCUGAUAAAUAAUGACAUCGUCAGAAAAAAAAAAAAAAGGAACGGUAACCAAGAAUCCUGUAGACAAGGUUGCGUUGUUUGGGACGUUUCGCGGAGAAGAAACAGCCGAGAUUAUGCCUUAAGACAUACGAAGAUCAGCAAGAAUACACUCUGUAGAUGACAUCUGCUAUUUAGAGAAUAUCUGCAGCCGAGAUAAACAUUUCUUCAAUUCUGUCGUCCUCUUGCGUAAGCUUACAACGAGAACGCCCACAUAAGCAAUAUGUUUGGAUUAGCAAAACACCAACUUUGCACAUCGCGUAGAAUGCCCGGUCGCAUCCAGGAAUUUAACAGGCUAAAGCCACAUUCGAGCCACGAUUUGGUCUGCAGCCGAGCUAAACAUUUUUUCGACUUUGUCGUCCUCUUGCGUAAGCUUACAAAGACAACGCCCACAUAAGCAAUUAUGUUAAGAUUACGAAAACACCAACUUUGGAGGCGCAUCACAUCUCUUUUGUGAAUUUUCUUACCGUCACUGCGCAACAACAAUGAGAAUCUAGCUAAUUUCACCUUUUUUUGGAGGACGUCAACACAAAACAACGGGAUUUCCUAACCCUUUUUUCAAACCAAGGUACAUUCCUUGAAAUUUCAAUGUCUGAAAUUCACCAGCAUUUGACGAGUCGAACGACAUGAAAUAAGAGGGAGACCUUUUCGCCCCCGUCACCGUCGUCGUUGCCAACAGGAGCUGUGUCACGAAAUUUAUCAAAAUUCAAACUGGGGAAUCUGCAACCACACUGAGUGAAACAUAAAAAUAACAACUCAAAACAGUAAAAAAAAAGGUUAAAAUAACACAGCAAAUAGUAAAAGGAGGUACGGGUGGUUAGACUUCAAGAAGAUUGAAACGGAUAUUUGAAGUUUUUGAGAAUUUGUUAGUCUAACAGCUUUUCAAGGGACAAAUUGAUUUGGCAUGAGGCAGUGUUUUAUUAUUAUUAUUAUUAUUAUUAUUAUUAUUAUUAUUAUUAUUUUAUUUUAUUUUAUUUUAUUUUAUUUUAUUUUGUUGGGCACAGAAAUGGAAACUCGGAAAAAAUCCGAGCCCAAGAUGGGAUUCGAACCCACGACCCUACAUGAUCUUGUCGGAUGCUCUACCCACUGAGCUACUGGAGAUUUGAUGGUGAGCAAGGGUGCUAAGUUCAAUUGACAAUAAGGAUUUAAUUGGCAAUAUUAUCAAAAUGACCUGGACAGCAGUGAAGUCCAGCCUCUUUAAGCUCCCCAAUUUCUUGCCCGAAAAUCUCCGCUUUUUAGUAAUUAUUAUUUUUAACCAAUUUACCCUAUGCCUUCAUUAAGACAUAAGAUGCCCUGCAGUCGUAAUGGAUGAAGCUGUUGGAGACCUUUACGCAGGCUGUCGUCGGUCAUACUCAAGUGAUACCAAAGACCGAAGUUCUUAUGGGCCAAAGUGGACCCAACUGGAAAAUAGUAGCCAUCAUGAAACAAAAACUGACUUCUUCCCGAAGCCAUGGGAAUACCAAAGUUCCUCAGAGAUUGAUACCCUUUCUCACUACGCUGUGGAAAGGAAGUAUGGUGGCGGUGGGUUUGUAGCUGAUCUAGGCUACAACAUUGCAACCGCCUCACGCGUAGUACGAGAACUAAAGAAGUACGAUUGGGUUGAUGAACGUACUGCUACUGUAUUUAUAGAGUUUACGCUGUUUAAUCCAUCGACGUCGCUUUUCUGUAACGUCCGAAACGCAUAUGAAGUGUUGCCAACUGGUCAGGCUGUUACUUCGGUGGACGUGAGGGCGAUUUCGCUGUAUCCGUCGUCAAACCCUCGUUUUAAGUCAUUUUAUGAGGCAUGCCAGCUUUUUUUUCUUGCUGUUAUUCUUAUAUUCGUUGUUAUUGAAAUAGUUAAGUGUGUUCGAGAACGAAGGUAUUUUCGUCAGGUGUGGAAUUGGGUGCAGUUGACUCCGCUGUUGAUCUCCAUAGCAGCAAUAUGUGUGUCAUUUUUUAAGGCAGAAUACACCUCCAAGUAUGUGAAGAGGAUACAGAAAAACCCAUUCCAAACGUUCAGCUCUGAUGCUAUCACAAGUUUGGUGGACGUGGAAACACUGUUGCUAUCACUGGCAAUUUUCCUAAUAACUUUAAAGCUGUUGAGGCUCACUCGGUUUAAUCCUCACAUUGGCCAGAUGUACGGAACCCUCAAGACUUCCGCUCGACCAAUUAUGUCGUUUUCGGCGCUGUUUUUCGUUGCUUGUGUUGCGUUUACACAAUUUUUGUAUCUGACAUUUGGACCCUAUUUGGCCUCGUUUGCUUCGUUUUCUAAAUGCUUGCAGGUACUCCUUUACGCAGCCAUUGGCAAAUCCAUCGGUAAUAAAAAGAUGCAUGAGACGUUUCCGGUCCUGGCGUACUUUUACGUGUUUUUAUUUUUUAUCGCUAUGGUCUUCGUUUUCAUCAACAUUUUUGUCGCUAUUUUGGUUUUGCCUUACGAAGAUGUCAGAAAAGGGAAAUGUGGUCCUCAGGUUGAAGAUGCAGAACUUGGACGGCUUAUGUACAAAACCGUCUUACGUAAGAUGAUUAGUUUCCCAGGCAAGCUACUCCAUGCAGUGAAGCUGUUGCAAAAAAAUUCUUCCAAAAUUGUUUCUCGAAAGAAGAAAUCUUCCGGUACCUUUAUUAGCUUUGUGCACUCCGUGUGGAAGAAGGAAAGACCAGAUGAAAUUGAGGAGGAGGAAAAUGCCCUAGUGCCUCCACUAGUGUCACCGGAACAUUCUGAUAUUGAAGACAGUGGUGAUGAAGUGGAAUAUGCAUCCCUUGAAGACAUAAAAAUUCAGCUAACUGAAAUAUUAUCUGAGCUGAAUUCCCUUAACUACGCGAUCAUCAACAACAAAGUGGAAAAGCCUUUGGCAACGCGAAGUUAUUUAGAUCAGGCAGGGCAUCGCUAAAAAUGAUUAUGUGG